UUCCCGGAAAUGCCGCCUGGAAAGUUGGCGAACAAGUAAGGCAAAGCACCCAAUCUUCUUCCCGACACGCUUCCCUACUCAGCCGACCGCGAGAUAUAUAUAUGUACAGAUAGAUUAUUAAAGUCAUAAAAAGAGGGAGAGGAAGAGACCAAGAGAUACAUUCAAAAUCAAAUAAUACCACCAUAGAUCCUAAACACCUCCAUUCCAAUAUCUUCGGUGUUCAACAUGGGCUCUGCAGCGGCUCUGCUGCCUACUCCCACAUGGCGGCAUCAGCCUACUUCUUCUCCCCCACGCCGCCACUCCGUCGGCAGCCACCGUUUCCAUCCCGGCCAGCAGCGCAUUUUUCCGGUUGCUCGGCUGUUCGGGCCGGCCAUCUUCGAGGCCUCUAAGCUGAAGGUUAUGUUCCUCGGAGUGGACGACCGGAAGCAUCCGGAGAAGCUUCCGCGCACUUAUACUCUCACCCACAGCGACGUCACAGCCUGCCUAACCCUCGCCAUAUCCCAAACCAUCAACUGGGCACAGCUGCAGGGAUGGUACCACAAGCUGCAGCGAGACGAGGUGGUGGCCGAAUGGAGAAAGGUUCGAGGAAAGAUGUCGCUGCCCCCCUGCCACAUCAGCGGCGGCCACUUUCUCCUUGACUUCCUCGCCAACCUCCGCCACCACAUCUUCUCGAGGGAACUUCCGGUGGUUCUCAAGGCCUUCGUCCACGGCGACGGCGGACUUUUCAGGACCUACCCCGAUCUCGAGGAUGCCCUCGUCUGGGUCUACUUCCACUCCAACUCCCCCGAACUCCACAGCGUAGAGUGCUGGGGCCCGCUCCGUGAGGCUGCCGAGAUAGGCCGCCCAGAAAGGCCAGAUUCGGGAGACAUUGGAGAGGCCGACAAAAGUUGGCCUACACCGCACCUGCGCUGCGAGACUGCCUGCGACUGCUGCUUUCCGGCACAUACGUUGAUUCCGUGGCCAACCGCCGAGAUGAAGGCGGAGGAGCAGCUGCAGCAGUAGCUCGAAUCCGAAGCGUGCCACGUUUAUCAUUCAAUACAUACUAUGAUUAUACAAUUUCAUAAUUUGAUUGAAUUCAUACAUUGCAUUGGAUUCUAAAUCUGUACAUAGAAAAUAUGUUUAGAAAAAUCGAAGAGACAGUAUUAAAUUAAUUUACGCAUUUUUCUUAUGCUAUGUGGAAUUGACAGUUAACUGCUAAUUUGAUUCGU